AUGUGCAACAACAGCAACAACAACAAAGCUGUUUCUUUCUCUUGCUCCCUCGACUUGAGCACCCAAACUGCAAGGGAUUCGUUUCGAACGUGCGCGCAAGAGAGGCCAUCCACCGACGAGAACAGCAAGCAACUCAUUGAAAGCGCUUUGGAGGCUGUCCUAGACGAGCAAGUCGAUCAAUGGGCCGCCGGGGAGUCCGAUCCCGAGCGUAUGGCAACCGUGUACCGCCGGAAAUCUGCCUCCAGUCAGGUCAAGGCCAUUGUCCAUGGCUUGAAGUUGCAACAAGAAGCUGAAGCUUCUAUGUUUACCGGUGAAUAA